AUGCAGAGUGGAUGAACCCCAGGCUCCGCUACACUAACCCUCAUAAUUUCUCUCUCUUUUCUCUCACUUCCCCCGCUCUCCCUGACUUCAGAACCCCUAACCCCCCUCCCCCCUUUCCCGUCUCACCUCACCUCCCCCUCCCUGCUCUGGCUACAGACGGAGAGAAUUAUGCAGUCCUUCCGCGAGCGCAGCGGUGGUUACCACAGCAACCAACCCUGCUACCAGCAGGAGCCCCAUGAAUUAUCCCGCCUGGAGACCUACCGGCAACACCCGCAUCAUCCACACCCCCAGCACCCACACCCAGGUCCCGGUCCACAUCCAGGCCCGGGCCCUGGGCACACCAGGUCAGGCUAUGAGGCUCAUUCACUGGCAAACCCCACAAGCAUGCCUCCAGCUGGAGGACCUGGAAGUGGAGGAGGACCCAAGGACUGUUACAGCCAGCAAGCCUACCCAGGCUAUCCAGGCAAUGGUGGAGGAAAUGGGAGUGGAACUGGGGGCUCAGCACCCUCACAGGCAAAGAAAUCCUACAGAGGAAGCAAAGUGCCCCCACCAAACCACAGUCAGCACCUACAGGGUCCUGGGGGCUAUGGUAACCACAUGGGCACUGGGAAUUACUCAGCCCAGUAUAUGAGUGAGGGCCACCUCCAGCAGAAAUGGGAGGACCCAGCUCAGUUAGCACAGUAUGACCAGGAGAUGGUGGGACGCAUGGAAGCCGGUGUUACCCCUGCACCUGGCUCCUCCCAAUACAUGGACCAGAACAUGCUGGGUCACUCCCAGACCCAGUGCCACCAGCCCUCCACCCCUGCCUAUACCAGCCCCCACCACCAACCCCACCCUCCUAACCCUGCCCCCUCCCCUCUCAUGUACCCCCAGAGUCACCUGCACUACCCCCAGCACUCACCUUCUCCUUCGCCAUACAUGGAAAAGUGCAACCCUAUGCCACACUGUUACAAAGGUUACAACAUGCCCCCCAAUUCCCAGUAUGGCAGACAAAUGAGCAGCCACAGCAAUCUGAAGCAGGGGGGAUAUAGGUCAACCCAGAACAGUUAUGGCUACCAGCAGCCUCCCUCCAGAGGUUAUGAGCAGCAGCCCCCUUUACAGGCCAUGACCAAUCCCCAGGAGUCCCACCCUAAAUACCAACACUACAGCCAAUCACAGCAAAACUACUGUCUCUCAGAGCUGUCCGUCAGAUCACCAGAACAGUAUUAUCAGACUUGUAGCCCCUCCUCAAGCCACUCCCCUGCCCGCUCAGUAGGGCGCUCCCCCUCGUACAGCUCCACCCCUUCACCGCUAAUGACCAAUCCAGAGUCUUUCCAGUAUGGUCAACCUCCCAUGACCCCUGGGGCAGCUUCCUCUUCUUCAUCCUCUUCAGCCGGCAUGCAGGAGCAAGCCACUACCAAUGCCAUGCUGAUGCCCCCACGCUCACACCCCUCACCCAAUUUGCCACAUGCAGCCCCUCACAGCUAUACCUCCACACCGCAGGUCCCCACCAUGAAAGAGCGCUUCUCAGAAAAGCUGUUGUCAAACCCAAGUUUGUGGAGCCUGAAUGCCCUCACCUCUCAGGUAGAGAACAUCUCUAAUAAUGUCCAGCAGCUGCUGCUUUCAGAGGCCCUGGUUGCCAAUAAGAAAGGCACUAAACGCAACAGUGGUGGGAGCAACAGCAGUGCUGGAAGUGGAGCAUCCUCCAAAAAGGGUGAGGAGUACAAAACUCCUCCAUAUCCAGACAGCGGUGGUGGUAGUGUUGGUGGAGGCCCCAUGCAGGACCCGUACUCUACCCCUCAACACCAACCAAUGCCCAUGGAACUUCAUGAGGGAGGCUACUCCAGCAGUAGUGAUGAGCAACUGGACAGGGGCUACUACUACUGUGGCCAGGGCAGAAGUCCCGCACAGGCCCCCAGUAACACACAACUCAGCCUGGAUACAGCCUCUUCAUGCUCUAUGACAUCACCAGAUGAUAUGUCCACCAGGUCUGGGGACUCAGGUCUUCACAACCUUACCCCUGACCCUACUAGAUGUCAGUCAGGGCAGGGAGGAGAUGGCAUGAGUACUCCAGUGAAAAGCAUUGGUGAUGAGAGGUCUCCUACAAGUAUUACAAUCCCUAGUCCCAUGAAACAAGAAAGGGACUCCCCUUCGGAUAUACAGCAUAUCAAUGAGCCUGUCAAAGAAAACUUUGAAGAAUCCGCCUGGACAGAGAAAUCAGCUGACAAAGAGGAGGUUACAACAGAAAAAACCUCUGAAUGCGAGAGAGACUCAGACACAACAAAAUCUACAGAGAAUCUGGAGAAAUGGUCAGAUGAAGAGAAAUGCCCAGCUCUCUACAGUAAAGUAAACAAAGCAUUGUCAGAAAAAAGCUAUUGCUAUAAGGAGACGGUGUACCAAGAGGUCCAGAGCAAAUAUGACCCUGAUGCACGAGAUUCAGUUGAACAGUCCCCAGCAGCUCUCUCUGACUCCAGCCACAAGGAGCACUUUGGCCAAGAAAUGAAAUCAGAGGCAUUCAAAUCUGAGUCUCCAACCGCCUCUGAGAGCUCAGUGAAAACAUUGCCUUUCAUUUCCAGAGGUGACCUUGAACAGGAUCAAUAUUCCACCGAGAAGGAGGACAGCUCAGAGAACACCUCUCCAACCCCCCAAGUCGAGGCCUUGGACGAGAGCAACUCAGACAAGAGAGAGAGUAGAGAUGAGGAGGGGGAAGGGGAGGAGGAGGCCGAUGAAGAGGAAGAAGAUGAAAUACAGAAACAAAAGCAGCGUUCUCUUUCCCCUCCCCUGUCUGCAGAGGUUAGGGAGGAACUGGGAGAGGAGGAGAAAGUGAGUCAGUCAUUGACAGAGGAGCACAUGAAUAAUAGAGAUGGGCCAGAGAAGUCUCCUGGAGAUCCCUGCAGCAGGACAGAGAGUCAGACUACUGAGCUCCAUAUUGACAAUGAGUCUGCAGGGGCGCCUGCCCAUCCAAAUGCAGCAGUAGCAGAUGCUUCUGCGAGGGAAUCAGCCAUUGGUGACACUGCUCCUCAGCCUCAGUCUGCUAUGCCAGUCUUCUCAGCUCUCAAUGAUAAAGCAACACCUCCAGCUCCGGCCAGGGAUCAUAUUGAUCACAGUGAUGCCAAAGUGCUGGAGCCAGACUCUCCUCAGCUGCCAGGGAAGUCAAUACUUCCUUCAGCUCCCUCCUGGGCAGACACUCCACCCUCUCCGAAAAAAGGUGAUGAGGACAUGGAGCCAGGCAUCAGCUGCGCCAGUGCUGUGACCCCCUUGGCCAAGCCAGAGCCUGUGGCCCCAUCUGCUCAGCCAAGGGCAUUUGGACGUAAGCACGCCAGGGGCAGAAGAAGAAUCAUGCAUUCAGGUGUGGGAAUCAGGCGACAGCUAAGCUUGGAGCGGGAGGGGGAGAAGGAAGAGGAAGGAGCUCCCUCGCCUACACAGAAGCCCUGUAUGCCCCCUAGCAAAACUGUGCUAUUCUCAGAUCAAAUGGACCUAGCUCAUCGGGAAUCUAUUGUGAGCCAGACUCCCAAAAUGCUAACAGAUGGUUUUCGCUCAAGAAUGUGCACUCGUUCAUUCAAUGCACCAGACUUGCCACCGAAAGUUGAGCCUCAUGUGAAGAGAAAACCAGGCCCCAAACCAGGAUCAAAGCCUGGGCUCAAACCAGGACCAAAACCUGGGGCAAAACCUGGGCCAAAACCAGGAGCAAAGCCAGGUCCAAAACCAGGGCCAAAACCUGGCCUAAAGCCAGGGCCAAAGCCUGGGCCAAAACCUGGGCCAAAACCUGUGCCAAAUGAACCAGAGCUGCCACCGAAAAUUGAGACUCCCAUAAAGCGUAAACCAGGACCCAAACCAGGUUCAAAACCUGGACCAAAACCUGGGCCAAAACCUGGAUCAAAACCUGGGCCAAAACCUGGGUCAAAACCAGCUCUAAAGCCGGGUCCAAAACCAGGGCCUAAGCCUGGACCCAAGCCUGCAGAUGUUUUGCUCCCCACUGACACUGCACCCAUCAAGGCCCCAGUAGGUCGUCCCAAAGGCUCAGUUUCUAAAGCAAAGCUGCUACAAGACGAAAUCAUUCAGCCUUUGACAGGACUACAAAGCAGGGGCAGGAAGAGCCUAAAAGCUAUAAUAUCACAUGAUAACCAGGAUGUAAAAGCAGUCUACCGGGAAGAAAAACAAGCAAACCAUGAGGCAAAGGUGCCAGAGAAAGAGGGUAAGAACAUGGUAUUGAGAUCCAGAAAGCCCUCACAAGAAAAACUGUCCAAAGAAAGAGAAAAAAUCCUAGAGGAAGAUAUUCUACCCCAGACACUAACAGAAAUUACAGCCACUGAUGUUUCAAAUGUAGAGGAGUCUGUUACUGUGGAACAAACUCUAACUCCCCUUCCUCAUGCAGUCAAAAACACAGACGUUCCUGCUGAAUCACCUGCACCACCUGCCUCACCAGUCCCAACUGAACAAUCUGAAGAAAAGACAUCACUUCCACUAAAACGGAAACCUAGCCCAGAACUUUCUACAACCCCAGUGAAGAAAAAGAGGGGUCCAAAGCCCAAACCAAAACCCUCACCACCACAGCCCCCCCUGCUGGAACAGGUUGUCUCUACACCCAAGGAGAAGGGUGUCCGAGGCCCCAGAAGAAAGCGAGGGCCACCUAAAAAAGCCUCUGUGGUCACUCCCCCACCCAAAGAUGCUCCUCCCAAUAUCAGUGAAAGUGACAUCACUAAUGAUGUGCCUGUGGUGCCUCCUCAGUGCCCGACUAAAACAAAAGUUCUUCCGCCACGCAAAGGCAGAGGACAGAAAUAUGAGGCCAUGGUGCAGAAAAUUACAUCUCCUAGCUCGAAGAAACACUUUCCAAUUCCCCAGAUAGACAGCAAUCUAACUGAUGAUGUGACAACCAAGGCUUUGUCUCAACAUGUCUUAAAGGAAGGUGAGGCAUCUAUGCUCAUAAAUAGCACUGAGAUGAUAGAGGGGGAAGUGAAGAGCAUAGAGUCUAGUCAAGAAGAAGUGAAACAACAGAGAAAAGAGAUGACGCAAGAAAGGCAAAAGCAUCUGGUGAGUCAAGGCAUAUCAGUGCCAAAGGAGGUGAGACAAGAGGUGGAAGAGGAGGUUGCAAAUAAGGAGGAAACGAGACAGGAAAACAUUCAACCAGGGACACAGCAGGACGUUGGAGCUGACAAGGUUUGGAGCUCAGUGGAGGCCCUCACGGCUUCAGGAAAGUGGACACAACAGGCCUCAGAAGAAGUAUCUUCUGCUCUCACUAAGUCUGUCAGAACUAAGCGAAAGAGAUGGGCCAUGGUGGAGAGUACAGAUGCCUCAGUAGUAGCUUUGGAAGCAGGGAACCUAAUAGUUACAACACCAAGGCUAGCCAAGCAGAGGGCCAUUAAAAACAACCAUGAGAUGCACCUAAAGCAGCGGAGGAAGAAGAGAAAAGGCCAAGCCCCUCUCGAAGAAACAGAGACAGUUGAGGAGACAAAUCUUGAAACAGCAGAGCUACAACGGGAGAGGGUAGAAGAGAAGAUAAACCCCACAGAGUCCACAGUGCCUCUGCCAAUCAGCCCAGAUGAGGUCGCAGAAACCCCUGAGGUUACCAGCAGCACAGAAGUUGUCCAGAAACCUAGGAGAGGCAGAAAACCAUCAGCAAAUCCAACCAAGAGGAAACGUGGUAAAACCUCAUCAGAGCAGAUUCCUGGCAAGCCAAUGAAGGUCCACAAAAAGCCUGGACCAAAACCUGGGAUGAAAGACGCCAUGGAGGUAAUUGAGGCAGUAGUAAGAGCUGCAGGAUGUGAACGGGACGAAAAGGAGGAGAGAGAGCAAGACGAAAGGGAAAGAAGGGAGGGAGAAAAGACAGAAAAUUGUAUUGUGGGUCCUGUGGUGACGAUAUCAGAAAAACAGACCGAGACCAUUUCUGUGAAAAGAAUCAGACGCAAACCAGUCCAUCAAAAUUCUAAACUGUCUUUCUGUCCUUAUGUCCGGAUUAACAACUCCAGAGACUUUUCCUCUUGGUGCGCCAUAGUCAACAAGCCUGAGGACGCAGUAAUAUUCCAGAGACGCAGAAAAAAGGGCAUACUCAGAAUGAGGAAUCCUUUCACAGUCGCAAAGGUAGUGCCACACACUGCUGCCAUGCUACAGGGACCCUUGGUAAACAAAAACCUAAUUGACAGGUGUCUUACAUGUAGCCUGUGUGGAAAGCCAGCAAAUUACAGAGACCUGGGUGAUUUGUGUGGACCCUACUACACAGAGGAUGGCGUUCCGCGGAAAAUUUUGACCAUCAGGCACAGAGAAUCCCUCAGGGAAGAGUCAGAGAGGGCCGAUGACGACAACAACAGCAGCAGUGAGGAACCAGGCGACCCUGCAAAGAGUGAGGGUGAGUGCAGCACAGAAAAGGAGGGCAAUACAGAAGCAUCCACUCAAGAGGGCAGUAGUAGCAGGCACCAUCAUUGGCGCUACCGGCGGGCAGAAAGAGCAGAAAGAAUGGGCCAGGAGGGCGGUCCACGAAGGUUAACUCUCCGAGAGCGGUUCAGGAGGAUGAAGCAACUCCAAGCCAUCGGCACAGGGGCCUCAAGUGAUCAAGAGGGCAGUGACAGCGUGUUCCAAAGGCUACAAGUGGAGGCAGAGGCUAAAGAGCACUGGGCGCAUGAAAACUGUGCCAUCUGGACCAAGGGAGUAAUUAUGGUAGCUGGGAGGCUAUACGGACUGAAGGAGGCUGCCACCAACUCAGCCCAAACGAGCUGCUACAAGUGCCAGAUUGUGGGGGCGUCCCUCAGCUGCUGUUGGAGAGGCUGCUCUCAUAAAUACCACUAUGUCUGCGCCAAAGAGAUAGGCUGCACAUUCCACGAUGAUGACUUCUCCAUCAAAUGUCCUAAACAUGAGUGUCUCCUCCCUAUCUCCACAGGACCUGUAAGAUAUUCCAGCAAACCAUCCACCACCAACACCACCUCUCAGCCGGUCAAGCGUCACCUAUCCGGCAAGGCAAAUAAAAACGCUGUCCUAAACAGCCACCUACACCUAAAAAACACGGUGAGGACUGAUGCCGGACAGGCACAUCGGCCAGUGGGGCUGGGGGAGGCUGAAAGGCUGCACUGAGGUGGAGCUGGGAGCAAUACAAACCCUGGAGAACGGCCCCCGCAGAGAAAAGCUGCUCCCUGGACCCGGCCUGGAAAUGUGUUCUCUCCACUGAGCCCCUCACUGGAAGGCAGCCGCACUGUUUAACAGGAGGAUAGACUGCGCGGUAGAGACGGCGAGCCUAGGGCCCAGUGCACAGGGGGGCUGUUUGAAAUGCAGAGCGAGGAAUGUGUGUGUGAGAGUGUGUGUGUGUGUGUGUGUGUGUUCUGCCUUCGGAUGGGUUGCUAUCAUAUUCAGACACCUGGCGGACACUGAUUGGAUAGGAGCAUCCCUCUGGCCACCUUGUCUGCAGCCCAAGAGGUGUGUGUGCGCGUGCGCGCGUGUGCAUCAUAAUCACAGAAUUGUCAUUCUGCAGCCACAUCACGGGUGUGUUUGUGCACAUGUGUCCGUGCGAAUAAGGAAGUUCGUCUCUGAUUCAAGAUGUCACGCAUCAGAAAAAAAAGAACAGCAGCCAAUCACUGGAUGUACUAUCUCAAUGUGUGCGUUUGUGUUUAAAACAAGACGAAACAAAAAAGGAAACUGUACAUGAUGAUGUGCUUUACAGGUUCUAAAUAUUCUGAUAUUGAAGAGUUAAGAAAAAAGCGGACGCAGUAUUUUAAUAUAAUGCUCUUAUCUUCGGAGAUGUAUUUUGAUGUGCAUUAUGACUAUACAACAUCAUUGCGUCACCCUUGGUAUAUGUCAGGCUUUGUGUUAUUCCGAAAUUAAAAAAAAGAAAAAAUAAAGAAAAAAGAAAACUCUGCUUAAGAGUCCAUUUCAACUGUGUGCACAUUCAGUAUGUACAGUAGAUGCCGCCAUCAUCACUUGACAGGUUGCAGAGCAGGGCUCCAAGGGUCCAACCGGGAGUCAGGUCAUCUCACCUCAUAUCUAUGUACAGUUCAGAAGUAUUACUGUUAAACAUUGCCACGAUGUAUGAUUUCACCUACCACAGCAGUGCAGAAAGAUAUACAUUCGAAUCAGAUUUCAUAACACACCCGUCUGUCUGUGUAUCUCAAAUGUAGCCUCUUUCACUCUUCCAUGCUAUGUAACAACGCCCUGCGCAGGGUCAGUCAGAGUACUGGUCAUAUCAAAAGGAGACAUAUUUAAGUAUUAGAGCAUAAAAGAAAGUGCAAAAAAACGCCACACCAAACUUUCUCUUUUAUGAAGCUCAUUAUUUAAUGGUGUAUAUAAGUAUUUGAUGCUGUUUAAAUGUAAGAUGUGAUGUACUAAUAUAAUUGUGUAUAGUAUUUCCUAGAGAUGUUUAUUUUCUAUAAGAUGGAAUAUGUUAUUGCUUAUAAAAUGUUAUUAAAAGAAUCCAUUGAUGAAAAAAAAACGUUUUUUGGGAAUGUCACUUGUCUUAAGUUGGAGCAUG